CUAUAACUUCAUUUAUUUACACAGCGAAGUCUAUAUAAAUUAUUCAGCAAUUAUUCAUUUAGAUUCCUGCUAUAUUUCAUAAUGGCAAAACUAAGCAAAAUGGUAUUUCUUGUGUUUCACAUUUACUUGAUAACUUAUGUCGCAUCUUCUGGAUUCGAGUAUUAUUACAUGACAGAUGUGGAUAUCAAUUUGCACGCUGAGGAGCCAGUGGAGACCAACUGGAUCACACUGGACUCUCAAUGCCGCAUACGAUGCUACGAGACCAGCAGCACCAACUGCAAUGCUGCCUUUUUCGAUGAGCUCAGCGGACGAUGUGGCCUGUAUGAGCUCAAUGGGGUCCACAACAAGAUCAUGAGAUUGCAUGACGAAGACUCACUGCGGGUUCCAAGUGACUCCAAGUGGAUCUUCAAGUACGCGAGCGAGGACCCCGGGUGGGUGUUGGUGGCGAAGAGAGUGUUUGGCGACAUCGACUUCUCAGGCGCGUCAUGGAGUAAUAUGCGAAAUGGAAUCACACACAAGAACGACUACUGGGUGGGAUUGGAACCCCUGCACCAGCUGACCAUUAACGGAAAAGACACUCUGCGGGUCAAAUUCAGCAAGGAUAAUGUCAAGUACCAGGUCACAUACCAGGACUUCGUGCUACAAGAUCAGAACUCUGGCUACCCUUACACUGUGGGUGCAUACAUUGGUGACUACUUCGACUGCCUCUCCCUCCAGCAGGGCUACAACUUCACCGCCUCCGAUGACGCCACAGCCAUUGCUCCAUCUGAGGCAUGUACAAAUGGGAACAACGGGCUGCCCAAUUGGUACAACUACGACAAUGCUGACUGCAACCACUUCAACUGGUUCGGAGCCAUGGAUGAGGGCGAUGGGAGUGGUAUGACCUGUGACUCAUCCUCUGCCAAUGGAAUGAAGGGAUGUCUCUCUGUGUGCAGUGACGAUAAUACUGCAUACUUGGACUAUCUCAUCGUUGAAGUACAAUGAGCAAUAGCCAACCAAAUGAAAAACGCCAGAAAGCGAUCAAAAUAAUCUCAUAUAAAUGAAUAAAACUGAAGUUACUGGAUUAUGAUGU